AUGUCAUGGAGAAAUCAAUUAUCCAAGAGUCUUAAGGAACUUCGCGUACAUUUUUGCCAAACUUCUCCCGAAAGUAAGGGUGUUAGAGAAUUUAUUGCUCAAAAUUAUAAAUCGUUAAAAGCAGCCAACCCACAUUUUCCAAUCUUGGUCCGUGAAGCAAGCGGCGUUGAAGCAAGAUUUUUCGCUAGAUACGAUUUUGGUAAAGAAACAAAAGUAGUGCUAGAUAAUCUUUCUGCAGAAGCCAUAGAAUCCAAAUUAAAAGAUCUAGUCACUAAGAGCCCUGAUUAA